CUCCUUCUUGGGUUCCUCCUUCUUAGAUGCCUCCUUCUUGGGCUCCUCCUUCUUGGUUUCUGCCUUGGGGGCAGCGCCUCCAGCAGGGGCAUCUCCGAGCUCCAGCUUGAAGAGAUCAGCGCCGACAGCGACGGUGUCUUCCUCCUUGGCGAACAGCUCGACAAUGGUACCAGACUUGGGUGAGUUGACGGCAACAUCGACCUUGUCAGUCUCGAUCGUGGCAACCUCCUCAUCCAGAGCAACAAAGUCGCCGACCUUCUUGUUCCAUUGCUUCAAGGAACCCUCCGAGAUCGAAUCGGCCAUAUGGGGGACCUUGACAACAUAGUCAGCUUCAUAGGAAAAAGCAUCGGAUAAAAACAAGAAGGCAUGGAUCAAUAAUCGCGUUUCUUCGUCAUUAUGCGCUAGUAUGUGCCGGGACGAAAUCCUGCCUAGGUCAUCAAUGAACAGAGGAAAAGAGAAAAAAAAAGAAAAAAGAAGCAUUGCAGCAACAUACCAUAAUAUCUGACCUGGGAGCGG